CUCCAGCAUCGCCCAAUCGGCCUCAAUGAGCUCGAUCGUCCGCACCGGCGCCGGCACGGUCUCGCCGGACGACUGCACCGCAGAAAGGCUGGUAGAGCCUCGCCCUCGCCCCCAUCUCAGGCAUCCAGCCAUGCAGGAUCCGCCGCCGCCCGGGGAAAAUGCCUGCAAACAAAACGGAUCACCCUGCCAACAAGAUGAUGGUUCUCAAGAUGGCAAAGUUAUACCGGAUCUUCCAGAGGAUAUCCGUCAACAUAUUCAUGCCCUAAUGCCACUACGAGAUGCUGCCCGUGCAGCUUGUGCAUCGCACUCAUUUCUGAGAUCAUGGAGAUGCCAUCCGAACCUUGACUUAAGUCAGGAGAUACUAGGUUUUGAUGGAGAUCUCAUCAGCAAAGUUGAUUGUAUUCUUAAAAACCAUUCGGGCGUUGGCAUGAAGACACUAAAGCUUGAACUUUAUGGCUAUAACAAGGUCGAUUCCUCUUAUGUUGAUAGGUGGAUUCAUAUUGCUGUUACAGCAGGAGUUGAAGAACUCACCAUUAUCAUGCCGCAAGUCCUUGAGGGAGCAUACAAUUUCCCAUGCCCUCUUAUAUUUAAUAGGAGCGAAAACUCAAUCCGGUAUCUUUACAUUGCCAUGUGUGCCUUUCGUCCCACCGCUGGGCUUGGUUGCUGCAGGAGCUUGACAAGGUUAUUGCUGAGUAAUGUAUGGAUUGCUGAUGAUGAGCUAACGGGCCUUCUUUCCAGUUGUGCUGCAUUAGAACAUUUUGAACUCAUGAAUUGCCGUGAGAUAGUUUGCCUGAAGAUACCUUUUCUGAAGUGGCUUACAUUCCUCCGAGUGUCUCGAUGCAAAAAUCUGCAAGUUGUAGACAGCAAUGCUCCAAAUCUCUCCACCUUUUGCCUGUUUGGUAACUUGGUACUAUCUGUUUUAUUUGGAAGUGAUGUAAAGAAUAUAGAAAUAUCGUGCUUAAAAUUCGGCCCGCCCAACAUUGUCUACUUUGCUCGGACCCAGCUUCUGUUAGGUGCCCCAGAUGUUGAAAGACUUGUCAUAACCUCGCCUAACGAGAUGUGCAGUACACCAAUACUAUCUAGCAAAUUCCUCCAGCUCAAGUACUUGCAUAUCUCUCUAAUUGGAAAUGAAGCUAUUUCACCAGAUUAUGAUUACCUGUCUCUGGUCUCUUUUCUUGAAGCUUCUCCUUGCCUGGAGACUUUCAUCUUUGAGGUACAGCAGCCUGACAUGCAGCAUGAUUCAGUUAUCGGGAAUCCCUCGCAUCUGAGACGGCUACCACAACACAGCCACAAGAGCCUAAAGAGUGUGACGAUCGUCGGAUUCUGCUCCGCGACGAGCUUGGUGGAGUUGGCAUGCCACAUUAUCGAGAAAGCGGCAUCGCUCGAGCGCCUCACUUUAGACACCUCCCAUGGCUGUCGGAGUCCUGGUGGGCGUAGCGUCGAUAAACCUGACAGGUGGUACCAUAAUACAGUGAUUGGCGUCCUCAUGACGGCCCCACCUGACAGGUGCAUCCCUAUGUGGGAUCAUGGCAUCGAGGAGUCUCUCAGGGCGCGUUCCGCUAUCAGAAAACACAUUGAGUGGAAAGUUCCCUACGGAGUCGAGUUUGAAGUCGUCGAGCCCUGCAGUCGGUGCGUGAUGCUGAACUUUUAGAUGCCCAGGUGGCACCAUGACAAACGGUGCUGUUUAUGAUGCUUCAUUUCCAAACUAUCAGGUCUGCAAACGAUGGUUGUGUGAGAUCUCAUAGGCCAUACUCUGUUUCGUAAACUAUCGGAGGUGCCUAAUGUAAAACUGUUGUACUAGUAGUGAUUCCUGCAGACAUAUGAAGUCAGGGAAACGACUUUGCUGCUUUUUUCGUUGCUGUUUUCAGAGAUAUCAGAGGCCACCGUGCUUUGCUCAUGGAUGUUUUCAGAUUGUUAUGUGUACUUUUGUACUGUACUUUAUAAGAAUGCCAUGAACUCUU